GAGAGAGAGAGAGAGAGAGAGAGAUGGUUUGGAGAGACCUGGUGAGAGAGAGACACCGCGCGCGCCCUGAUUGGUCUCUCUUGGUCUCAACCUGUCUGUUUUCUCGGUAGUAGGGCUUUACAGUAUCUCUCUCUCUCUCUCUCUCUCUCUCUCUCUCUCUCUCUCUCUCUCUCUCUCGUCCAUCCAUCAGUUCGGUUCAGUUUAGUGUCUGCAGCUCCAUGUUCGAGUGCCUAAAUAAAUAAAAAGUAGGCUACAAAACGCACUUCACCCCAGACUACACUUAAGUGUACCCAUGCAUACCAGGGGUAAAGGACAACGACAGUGUAGUGACAACUCGCUGUACUGUUUGCAGCAGUGAUUGCUCAAUUGCCCAUGGUGGGGUAAAUGAGUGUGAAAGAUAUGCUGAGGAGGGGUUAUUUUAACUAGCUGCUAUAAGAAGCUACUGUAUUGAUGUCUAGGCGAUGAAGCCAAACUCCCUGUAGACAUGUGUAAAGUAGUUAUUGAAUACAAAAAAAAUAAAUGACUCCAUCAGGUGGAAUAAUACAGUAGCAUAUGCUCAUAUAGUAUAAUAUAAUACGAAACGGUGUAAGUACAUAUUUUAAUGUCACAUUUUCUGCAUAUACCAGAAAAGCUGUUUGCAUUCGCGAGUGUAAACAGUGUGUGUAAAUAGUUGCAAUAUGUUGUUCAAUAAAUAGUUGUGUUCUGUCAUAAUUAAAGUGCGCGUGCGUGCGUGUGUAUGUGUGUGUGUGAGAGAGAGAGAGAGAGAGAGAGUGUGUGUGGGUUAGACGCAGUAGCAGGUGACGCCACCUCCGUGAAUUGAGUUUUUGCUGGUUGGGAUUUCUGUGAGCAAUGCUGGGGAAUAAAAAUCGGAAUUAAACGGUCAUAAAUAUGAAGGUCAUCAUGCAUGUGUGGAGGGUGAAGGUUUUGGUGGGUUUUGUGAUACUACUACUACUACUGGUAGCUGUUAUAUGUCUUCUUUAUACCCCAAGAGCUCCAACUGUGAUACACAGUCAAAAAAGUCUAGACUCCACCAUAAAGAAGCUUCUUGAACGUAAUGAACAGUUGAAGAACAGUGACAAACGUAUUCCCUACCACCUCAAACAAACUACAGCACGAAGAAAUGCAUGUGUUUGUGAAGGUGACACAUGGCAUCUUAAUGUGCCCUUUGGUGACCUGUUGUUUCCUCGGGUUGGUGCUGAGGAGUUGCACUCUGCAUUCAGAGCCUCAGAUCUGGAGGAAAUAAAGAAGCGCCGACAGCAUGAGUACAACAACUUCAUGAACAGAUCACAUACAGCAGCAAACCUUCUUAUCAUUGCUGAGGCAAACAUUCCUCUUCAGUACCCCACCCAGGGUGUAGACGUCCGGCCUAAAAUGUCUACUUUAAUUCCUGGGUUGGGUCUGAAAAUUAAGUCACGGACAGUCUAUUCAGUAAAUUUAAGUGCCAGCAUGGGCACGUUUGACGUAGCAGCCUUGUUGGAUGAGGUCAACAUAAGCGGGGAAGGAAAAAUGCACAUGACCCUCUCCAGCCCACUUCUAUCUGCACUUAACAGACAACUGCAGUUCAUCACUUAUACAAAUACAAUUUUUCAUCCCAAUACUGCAGACAUAGUGCAAUUCAGGACUGAUGGAUACCAAGCAGCCUUCACCAUUAAAAUACGACAUGCAAUCACUCCUAAACUAUAUGAUCCUGGACCUACUCGACCUAAAGGAGAAUACAAUAUAGGUGGACUUGUGACCAUUGCUACAAAAACAUUUCUGCGUUAUGACAAGCUUCAGGAUUUGAUUGAGAGCAUUCGACGGUUCUAUCCAACAGUCACGAUAGUCAUAGCUGAUGACAGCGAGCAUCCUAAGCCUGUAACUGGCCCUUACAUAGAGCACUACACCAUGCCUUUCAAAAAGGGUUGGUUUGCUGGGCGUAAUCUGGCUGUCUCUCAGGUGACGACUAAGUAUGUGCUAUGGGUGGAUGAUGACUUUAUCUUCACUUCUGACACAAAGUUGGAGAAAAUGGUGGAUGUGUUAGAGUGCACCAAUUUAGACCUGGUUGGAGGAGCAGUCAGGGAGGUGACAGGAUACACUGCCACCUACCGCCAUAUUAUUUCAACAGAACAAGGUGGAGAAGAUGGAGACUGUUUACACAUUAGAAGAGGCUUCUAUCAUGCUCUCGAGGGCUUUCCUAAUUGUGUGGUCACGGAUGGCGUCAUUAACUUUUUCAUGGCGCGUACCGACAAGGUGCGACAAGUUGGCUUUGACCCUCUCCUGGCACGGGUCGCACACAUGGAGUUUUUCAUCGAUGGCCUUGGUGUUCUCCAUGUGGGUUCUUGUGAUGAUGUUAUAAUCAACCAUGCAUCAAAGAUCAAAGGGAUGUUGCCAUGGGGACAAUCAGAAACUGAUGAGGCCUAUGCUAAGUUCCGUUAUGCCAACUACUCGAGCAACCAAAAUGCACUUUUUUACUUCAAGAACCACUUCAAAUGUCUAACUAGUAAUGGUUAACUGUGAUCCUAAACUGCACUAUUCAAUGUGCUAUGCCUAAAUUAGGCUUUCUCUUUAGACUUCCUUAAGACAUCACAUUAUGUGUAAAUUUGAGGACCAAACAUGACCAGGUGAGUAAAUAACUCCUACACCAUAUACUCUGGAAGGAAAGCAACAUUUGCAGGUUUCAAUUUUGAUGCGUCAUUAUGGACUCAUUUUUUUCUGUGGGAUGUUAAUUAUAGGGUAUCAAAAAGUCGACGUUCAACAGUUCGAAAGGUUUCCCUCAUGUGCUUACAUUUUUGGUCUUUUAUUAUCACUUUUAUAAAGAUGUUUAUGUUUAUAUUUCUGCCUCAAAGCUUCAGGGUCCUGUGUUGAGCUUAUAUGGCAGUAUCUGCAGUGUUUUGCAUGUUCUCCGUGUGUUUGUGCGAGUUUCCUCCGGCAUGUUCAAGAUCAUUCAUCAUUCAGCUAGGUGGAUUUGUUAUGCUAAAUUACACCAGGUGUGAAUGAGUGUUUGUGUGCAUGGUGCCAUGUAGUGGACUGGCAUCACAUCCAAGAUGAAUUCUCCUGGAUACCGGGUUAGGCUGCAAAUCCUCCGGCACCUUGACCAGGAUAACGCGACUUAACAUGAAUGAAUGAAUGUUAAUUCUUCCACUCCGUCCAGGAUGUCCCCCGCCUUGUGCCCAGAGUCCCCUGGGAUAGGCUCCAGGCUCCCUGCGACCCUGUAUAGGAUAAGUAGUCCAGAAAUGGAUGGAUGGAUGUUAGUUUUUAAAGAGCCAUUUUAUAUGUGGUGUAGUGAUGUUCAACAUCAGCCACUGGAUGACAGUAUUGCAUCAAGAUUUUUUUUUUUAAGUGAGUUUUGUUUGUGUAUCUUUAGUUGUUAUGGUUUGUAACGUAUACUUUAUCUGUUUAAUUUAAGAAACAUAUAUAAAUCUUUUAAACCCUU